AAGUGGGCUUUGGGUAGUGAUACAUCCCUACAUCAUUGCUCUCCAUUGCUUCUUCAAUAAACUUCUGAGAAAAGUUCCACUUCUCAUCAUUUUGGCUCAUAUAGCUCAUUAAUACAUACCUACAGCAAAAAAAUACAUUCUUCUUACAAUACAGCUGAGAAUGUUAGGGUGGUAAGGAUGUUUUUUGGGGAGUGAGAUUUUCUGGAUUUUAGUGACAAAUUCUUAAUACAGAUAUUCAUUUUCAGAGAUUUGGGAUUUGGGUUUUGUGCAGAGUUUUGGGUACUGAGAGAGAAAGGAAGAAAAAAACAGGGGACGAGAAAAAACCAUGGCCGCCGGUGGUGGUGGAGGAGGAGCUGCGCCGCCGCCAAAGCAGGACGAGUUGCAGCCACAUCCAGUCAAAGACCAGCUUCCCAACAUAUCUUUCUGCAUUACCAGUCCUCCCCCUUGGCCUGAGGCCAUACUACUUGGGUUCCAGCACUAUCUUGUGAUGCUUGGCACAACGGUUCUGAUUCCCUCCAAUCUGGUUCCCCAGAUGGGAGGAGGAAAUGUAGAGAAAGCGAAGGUGAUUCAGACACUGCUGUUUGUUGCUGGCUUGAACACAUUGACUCAGACAUUUUUUGGAACCCGAUUACCUGCUGUGAUUGGAGGGUCUUACACCUUUGUGCCUACAACACUUUCGAUUAUCUUGGCUGGUCGAUAUAAUGACAUUUUAAAUCCUCAGGAGAAAUUUGAGAAAAUAAUGCGAGGUAUCCAGGGAGCCCUUAUUGUUGCGUCAACUCUUCAGAUCGUCAUCGGUUUUAGUGGCCUUUGGCGUAAUGUUGCCAGGUUCGUGUGUCCUCUAUCUGUUGUUCCUUUGGUAGCCCUGUCUGGCUUUGGGCUAUAUGAGUUUGGUUUUCCUCUGCUUACGAGAUGCGUGGAAAUUGGACUGCCCCAGCUUAUCUUUCUAGUAAUAUUUUCACAGUAUAUACCUCAUUUAAUGAAAGGAGAUAAACAAAUCUUUGAUCGCUUUGCUGUUAUAUUCUCAAUUGCUAUUGUUUGGAUCUAUGCUCACCUACUCACUGUGGGCGGUGCGUAUAAGAACACACCAACAAAAACUCAAACAAGUUGCCGAACAGACCGUGCAGGAAUUAUAGGCGCUGCUCCAUGGAUAAGUGUUCCAUAUCCAUUUCAAUGGGGAGCUCCCACAUUUGAUGCUGGAGAAGCUUUCGCUAUGAUGGCGGCUUCAUUUGUUGCUCUUGUAGAGUCUACUGGUGCCUUCUAUGCUGUGUCGAGUUAUGCUGGUGCAACUCCAGUGCCACCUUCUGUUCUCAGUCGCGGUGUUGGUUGGCAGGGAGUGGGCAUAUUGUUCUCCGGAAUAUUUGGAACUGGGAAUGGAUCAUCAGUAUCCGUUGAAAAUGCCGGUUUGCUCGCAUUGACACGUGUUGGCAGCAGAAGAGUAGUGCAGAUUUCUGCUGGUUUCAUGAUAUUCUUUUCCAUACUUGGGAAAUUUGGAGCUAUUUUUGCUUCAAUUCCACCUCCAAUUGUUGCAGCUUUGUAUUGUCUUUUCUUUGCCUACGUAGGUGCCGGAGGUCUCAGUUUCCUACAGUUUUGCAAUUUGAACAGCUUCAGAACAAAGUUUGUACUCGGAUUCUCAAUUUUCAUGGGCUUAUCAAUUCCACAGUAUUUCAACGAGUACACAUCUGUUAAUGGUUAUGGUCCUGUCCACACCAGAGCGAGAUGGUUCAAUGAUAUGAUCAAUGUGCCUUUGUCAUCGGAGCCAUUCAUUGCUGGCUUGUUGGCAAUGUUCCUAGAUGUCACAUUGCACCGGAGAGACAGCUCGACUAGGAAGGACAGGGGAAUGCAUUGGUGGGACAGGUUCCGGUCAUUCAAGACUGACACGAGGAGUGAAGAGUUCUAUAGGCUGCCCUUAAACCUCAACAAGUUCUUCCCAUCGGUGUAAUUGUUUUUGGUUUGUAUUUGCUCUUCAGCACUCUCAUAUCUUUCUGUUUCUUUUGUUUUUGUAUUUUUUUUUCUUAUUUGGAACAACAAAGAAGUAUAGAUGAAUCUGUUCUUUUUCCCCCCUCUAUAUUAUUUAGAAUAAUUAAAUCCUACACAAUCUUUGGUGCUU